UACCAAAAUUUAAACACUGAGCAGAAGUUAUGUUAGCCUACUAGUUCAUUAGCAAACAGUCUUUGUACUGUAUACGAAAUAAAGUGCUACUGGCUAAUUACAUCGCCGAAAAUGACAGAUGAAUCUACAUUUCGGUUUGAUCUUCCUUUUGGAACAUUGGUACAGAGGGAAGAUGUUGCUGAGGGUGGCUCUUUGCGUAUGGAAAACGCGCAAAGUGUCGAUCACGUGGACGAUGGCUAUAACACCAAGACCUUCAGUUUGGAGGGUGAGAGCACUGGAUGCCACAGUGACAUCAUGGACGAGCUCUUGGGUGACGUGGAGUUGGUCAGCACCGACGGGACUCUGGACGGCUUCCCCCUCAGCCUUGAGUCAUUGGUGGGGGAGGCUAGGCUGAGCCUACAGUUGCACAUGGAGACCCCUGGGAAGAGGGAGGCUGAGCCGGAGAAGAGGCUGGAGGCCAGAGGACAGACUGCAGACCUGGAGAUUCAGGAAGAGUGCAAGAGGGAUCUGAAAGAAACCAUCCAGCUUUGUGAAGUUCUGAUGUCUGAGAAGGCGGCGGUGGUUGCUGAGUGCGACUUCAUCGCCAGGAAGCUGCGUGCCCUGCAGGAGGAGAAUCAGACCCUGAGGCAGGAGAAGGAGCACCUCCUGAAGGAUAUCGAGGAGAGGCGGGAGAUGGAGGAGUUCAGGGCCCUGGAGCAGGAGAGCACCAGGCAGAGUGAGAAAGAGCUGCUCGAAGAAAUCGCCUCUCUGAAGAAGGCCGCGGACGCAUCUGGGGCACAUGUCCAGAACCUGGAGAUGGAUCUGGCAGCCAUGGUAGCAGAGCUGAAAAGGAAGGAGGACAGUAUAACAGAGCUGCAGGCCCUUCGGCAUAAGGACUCGGCCCAGGAGAUCAGACAGCUGAAGCGCUCCCUACAGGACGCGGAGACGCUGAGCCGUGACACCCGGAAGGAGUGGGCCGUGCUGCGCUCGGAGGCGCAGGCUCUGCGAGAGAGCGAGUUUACGAUGGCCGAAGCCCACGCGAAGAUGGAGGAGGAGGUGCGGAGUCUAAAUGGUCGGCUGGAGGUGGAGAGGAGGCGAUUUAAGGAGAUGGAGGCUGAUCUGCUGAAGGAGCUACAGCGGACUUUUCAGGAGAAUGAUAGGCUGAUGGCCAUGCAGGCUGCGACGUGUCCUAAAGAUGUUGAAGUUGGCUUGAGGGCUGAGUUGGAGCUGUCCCAGGAGAGGGAGAGAGCCCUGCAGGCCAGAGUAGCCGAACUGGAGCUGUCCCAGGAGAGGGAGACAGCCCUGCAGGCCAGAGUAGCCGAAAUGGAGCUGUCCCAGGAGAGGGAGAGAGCCCUGCAGGCCAGAGUAGCCGAAAUGGAGCUGUCCCAGGAGAUGGGGAGAGCCCUGCAGGCCAGAGUAGCCGAACUGGAGCUGUCCCAGGAGAGGGAGAGAGCCCUGCAGGCCAGAGUAGCCGAACUGGAGUGGUCCCAGGAGAGGGUGGUAACCAACCAGGCCAAAGAAGCCGAACUGGAGCUGUUCCAGGUUGAGCAGAGUAGGAAGAACAACAGCCUGGGUGACCACCAUGUACCAUCUAGGAGGAGUGAAGAGCUUAAUGAAGAAAAUGAGCAGGUCACCCACACGCAGCAGGUUCCGAACCAGCAGGGACGAGUUUGGAAAAAGGAGCAGGAUGAGCUUCAGGGACGAACACAGCAGGUGGCUGAGGAGCUGGAGGAAGUGAGGAAGAAGAGUGGAGGCCUGAGGGAUGCCGGGCAGUGGUUGGAUGACAAUGGUGAAGAAGAAGAGCUGAGGAAGAGUGAUGCUGACAGGUCACUCCGGCAGCAGUCGUGUGGGCAGGAGGCAUCGCAGUUGCAGAUUCAGGAGAUGAGGAUAACAGGGCUGGAGGAGGCCCUGGCCAAAGCGGAACACAGUGUCGCCGUCCACAAAGAGGCCACGCAGCUCCUGCAGACAGAGCUGCAGGACGUUUACGCCCAAGUGAGCGAGCGGGACGAUGCCAUUCAGGCACUACAGUGCAGACUCGAGGAAUAUGAGUUUAACAGCAUGAUGGAACUACAGAGAAAGGACACGACAUUCAGGGGUGAUCCGAAGGGGGUGGUGCUGUCUGCCUGGAACCGAGAGGAUGUGGAACCUAUAGAAGAGCCCUUACAGAAAGUAAAGGAGACCUGCAGAACGCCAGUACAUAGUGACCAAUCAGUCGUGAUCGAUUCAGGAAUGUCACGCAAUAUGUUGGACGCCACAAGGGGGUGCUCUUUCCAGAGCCCUCUAAUGGAUAAAGAGGCCAUGCGGCAGCUGAAGAAUGCUCAUCCUGAGAGUAAAGUGACCAGUCAUCAGGAGGCUGUGAAGUGGAGGCGCAGAGCCACGCAGCUGAAGGAGAAUCGGAGAGAUACGCACCCCCCGCGGCUGCAGUCGCCGCACACUCCCACAAGGGGGCGCCGGCUGGUCGCUGCUUCUGAUGGCCGGAUGUUCGACUCUCCAAAGAGCAAGUUCUUCGACACCCACUCGGAGGGGGUGCGCCUCGAUCGCCCUCGGCAGUUCUUCGACAACUCCAGCCUGGGGGCAGUUUCCGAUGUCAGUCUUUCAUUGGAGCACUGGAAUGGCACAAUGCAGCCUUCGUCACCCAGGCAGGACGACAACUGCAAAGCGCAGUGAGGCUGACCUGUGGGGUACCUUUUUUUUUUUUUUUUUUAAGUGUCAGUUAUGUGUGGUUUUUUUUUUUUUUUUUUGAGAACUUUUUUGAUAUCACUGGAAUAGUAUGCUGUAAGCAGA